UGCCAAUCUCUACUUCUUUUGAUUCUACAAAAGAAACUAUGUCUCCAGCAGCCUCUAAAGCCCAGGAGUCCUGUCAGUCAACAGACAGACUCAUGAUUGAAAAACAGCAGGAAGAAGCAGAAUGGGAAAGCAUAAAUGUGCUGUUGAUGAUGCAUGGCUUAAAACCUCUGUCCCUUGUCAAAAGAACAGAUCUUAAAGAUCUCAUCAUUUUUGACAAACAGUCAUCACAAAGGAUGAGACAGAAUUUGAAAAUGUUGGUGGAAGAAACAGGACGUCAACAGAACAUGAUACAGGAGCUCAUAGAAACUAAUCAACAGCUUAAAAAUGAACUUCAGCUAGAACAAAGCCGAGCAGCAGAUCAGGAAAAACGGGCUAAUGAUUUGGAACAAAUUAUGGAGAGUGUAAAAUCCAAGAUUGGUGAAUUGGAGGAUGAAUCCCUAAAUAGGGUUUGCCAGCAACAGAAUAAAGUGAAAGAUCUUCAAAAGGAGCAGAAAACUUUACAGGCAAAAUGCCAACAUUACAAGAAAAAACGAAUGGAGCAACAAGAGAUUAUCGCUUCUUUGCAAAAGGAUGUCUAUAGAUUAACAAAGGAGGAAGAAGAGCGCAUUGUCACUCAAAACAGAGUAUUUGCCUAUCUCUGCAAAAGAGUUCCUCAUACCGUCUUGGAUAGACAGUUGCUUUGCCUAAUUGAUUACUAUGAGUCUAAACUUAGAAAAAUUCGUACACAAAGGCAAUAUCAAGAAGAGGAAAGUCAGUCAGAAGAAGAAAAAGACUAUAGAAAUCUAGAUGCCUCACCAACUUAUAAAGGCCUUCUAAUGUCAUUACAGAAUCAACUCAAGGAAUCAAAAUCCAAGAUUGACGCACUUUUAAGUGAAAAGCUGAAUCUCCAAAAAGAUUUGGAAACCAGGCCCACACAGCAUGAAUUAAUACUUUAUAAACAACAGGUGAAGAAACUGGAAAAAGCCCUUAAGAAAAGCAUCAAAUUACAGGACCUUAUCAGUCAUAAAAAGGCUGAGGACACAGAGAAAAAAGAUGAGCCCAGCAAAUAUAACCAGCAACAGGCCCUAAUUGACCAGAGAUACUUUCAGGUGUUGUGUAGCAUUAAUUCAAUUAUUCACAACCCAAGAGCUCCAGUAAUAAUUUAUAAACGGAGCAAAGGAGGAGCCCAAAAUUUUAAGAAAGAUUUUGUUCAAGAUUGUGGAUUUGAGCAUCUUGUUCCUAUAAUAGAAAUGUGGGCAGAUCAAUUGACAUCCCUAAAGGAUUUGUAUAAGUCCUUGAGAAUACUAUCUGCGGAACUGGUACCUUGGCAUAACUUAAAGAAGCAGAAUGAAAAUGAAGGUAUCAAAGUUGAAGAUCUUUUGUUUAUAGUAGAUACCAUGUUGGAAGAAGUUGAAAAUAAGGAAAAGGACAGUGAUGUGCCAAACUUUCAAACUUUGCAAGCUAUUGUCUCGCACUUCCAGAAAUUAUUUGAUGUGCCUUCUUUAAAUGGAGUCUAUCCCCGAAUGAAUGAAGUUUAUACUAGGCUUGGAGAAAUGAACAAUGCUGUGAGAAACCUCCGAGAACUCUUAGAAUUAGAUAGUUCAUCUUCAUUGUGUGUGCUGGUAAGCACAGUUGGAAAAUUGUGUAGGCUGAUUAGUGAGGAUUUGAAUGAGCAGGUUAAGAAGGUAUUAGGACCUAAAGACCUCCAAAGCAUUAUCAGCAAAUUGGAAGAACAUGAGGAAUUUUUCCCAGCAUUUCAAGCAUUUACUAAUGAUCUUCUUGAAAUCUUAGAAAUUGAUGACUUGGAUGCCAUUGUACCUGCAGUAAAGAAAUUAAAAGUACUUUCAUACUGAAAACAAAUCAAAUCAUUUUACUGUGUAAAUUGUAUUCUUAACAUUCUAAGUGUUUUGUAGAAUUGAUCUUAUUUUGAGACAAGGGUCAUUCUCCUUUCAUAUAAUUUUUGUUAACUUUGAGAUUCUUAUACAGUAAAUAAUUGCUAAGUUAAUUAAAGUAGUAAAUUAACUUCAGAUCUCUUACUCAUUUCUUAAGCAAUUCUUAAGUGCUUAAAGUUUAAGGUUGUUUUAAAGUAGAGUUCGUGAGUAAAAGAGAAACACAGGAAGAGAGAUUGCAAGUAAUAGGUUGCAUUUAAGUUCAGGGUUUAGUAACCUUUGGGUCAGGGUUAAAAGAAUGCCAGUGGCUCUCUAAGUCCAGCCAGUAAGAAGCUACUUCUUUUCUGACAAGGAUUAUUUGGCACAUUCUAUUAAAAUAUCCCUCAUGGCAGUUGCCCUUCAAAGCGAGAAGAAAAAAGGAAGAAAAAAAUGUUUUAUCAUUAUGUUAGGGUAGGAAAUGAAUCAUGGGGUAACAGAUGAGUAGAUAGAAGUUCCUCAUUUAAAAAAGUGUCUUUUUUGCAAACUUAUUGUAAUGCACUUUUUAUGACAAGAGAUAUCAAAUAAAAUUUUUCUACAGAAUUUCCAAACA